CCUUGUUUCCAGAGGAUGGAGCCGGCCUGGCUGUGGCUGCUGGGAGCAGGGAUCCUGGCCUCCGUCCAUGGAGACAAGAGUCCGGGGCUGCCUCCAGCCCCCGGGGGUGGGCUCCCGGAGCCAGCGCCCGCCUACCACCGAGUCACACCCACCAUCACCAGCUUCGCCCUGCGCGUGUACAAGCAGCUGGCCGCGGAGAGCCCGGGCAACAUCCUCUUCUCCCCGGUGAGCGUGGCCAGCGCCCUGGCCCUGCUCUCCCUCGGGGCCCGAGCGGACACCUCGGCCCAGAUCCUGCAGGGCCUGGGCUUCAACCUCACGGAGACCCCGCCGGCCAGCGUCCACCGCGGCUUCCAGAGCCUCAUCCACGCGCUGGACCUGCCCAGCCCCAAACUGGAGCUGAAAGUGGGCCACGCCCUGUUCCUGGACAGGCAGCUGAAGCCGCGGCAGCGCUUUCUGGACGCCGUCAGGGAGCUGUACGGGGCCUCCGCCUUCUCGGUGAACCUCACAGACUCUGCGGCGGCCCGGAGGCACAUGGACCACUACGUGCGGAAGCAGACGUACGGGCAGGUGGUGGGCUGCCUGCAGGACCUCAGCGAGGACACGCCCAUGGUGCUCCUGAACUACAUCUUCUUCAAAGCCAAGUGGAAGCAUCCUUUCCAUCGCUACCAGCCCCAGAAGCAGGAGAGCUUCUCGGCGAACGAGAGGCCGCCGCUCCGCGUGCCCAUGAUGCAGCAGAAGGAAAUGCACAGGUUCCUGUACGACCCGGAGCGGGCCUGCACGGUGCUGCAGGUGGAGCACAGUGGCAAUGCGCUGGCCCUGCUCGUCCUCCCGGACCCGGGCCGCAUGCAGCAGGUGGAGGCCGCUCUGCAGCCCGAGACGCUGCGGACAUGGAGCCAGCUGCUCCUGCCCAGGGCGGGCCCUCCCGUCUGGUUCUCUCCGCAGCCUGCUGGACCUGCACUUGCCACGGUUCGCCAUUUCUGGAGCCUACAACCUGGAGGAGAUUCUUCCCCACAUCGGGCUCAGCAACGUUUUCAACUUAGGAGAGGACCUGCUAGGAGCCCCAGGGCGGCUGAACGGAACCAUCUUCCGGGUGUCGCACAAGGCAGCCAUGGACAUGAGCGAGCGGGGAACCAAGGCCGGGGCUGCCUCCGGCCUCCUCUCCCAGCCCCGGCCUCUGAACGUGACGUGGGCCCCCGAUGCCCGUUUCAACAGGCCUUUCCUGGUGCUGGUGUGGGAGGUGGCCACCCAGAGCUUACUCCUCCUGGGCAAGGUCGCCAACCCGGCUGCGGGCUGACGCAGGGGAGGCAGGCAGGUCCCGUAGCCCCUGCAAACCUGCAGGCCGAGGGCGGACCGUGCAGAGACUCCAAUAAAGGUGCCUGGGUGCUGAGAGCACAAGGAGGGCGCCUCCCCGUUGCCCUUCAUUCGCCCCACAAUCCCCUUGAAUCGGCGUCCCCUUCACCUGUGGUCACAAAGUUGACAGACGAGCUCCAUGUACGCCCUAUAAGAUGUCCACGCCGCCACCACCAAGUGUCCCAGGUAAAGGCGCAAAGGACACUGGGAGAAGUCCGAGGCUCCCUUCACAGCGGCCAUCACCAGCUCGAACGCAAAGCGAGGGCGUCCGGAAACGUCACUGCCCGGCGCCAGGGCAGGUCCCUGGGGAGGAGGGGGGUGCCAGGGCAGCACCUGGUACCAUGCUCCAUGCAGAGGAGGGUGGGAGGAUGGGCCAGUGCACGAAUGGGCCAGUCCAACACAGCAGUCACAUGUCCAAGGGCAACCUAAGGUCAAAGGAAGUGGAGGGUUAACACGUACUGCAAGGCGGGGCCUGGGAGACCCGUGGUUAGUGGGAAGGACUGGGGCAGUAUCUGGUCACCGCGAAGCAUCCUGCAGAGGUCAGAAGUCCCUCACCCGCAAGAGUGUCCCUGAGUCUUAAAGAGGCAUCUGCCUGGAACUGGGGGAGACAGAGGAUGGCACCUCAGCUG